AUGGUUAAGCAAGCAAAACCAUUACAACCACCAUUACCAUCACGACCAGCAAAGGACCUCGGUCGCCAUAUAACCACUCCUGCUAAAAAAGCAACAGCUAUCAGAGCAACUCAGUACUCCCAACGGUCGACCACCUUGUCUGGGUAG